GCCCCUGACCACCUCCAGAUAGCAGUCGCGGUGAAAUGCGACGCAGCAUCCGCACAUUGCAUGCCUAAUAAAUGAUUAGACUUGAUGGAACUAUUAGCUGUUAUGAAAGUCCUUUGCACAGGAGAAUGCCCAUAUAUGGUAACCAGAGCAUCCGAUGCUGUUGCUGGAAUCUGGAAUGUCUGACUCUAACCCGGGAAUGGAUUCGAUAGCGCAAAAAAUAAAGAAUUCUCAGAAGAGGCGAGCAGCAAAAAUGCCGGGCACGGUGUGUUAGAGGCAAGGACGUAAGUUAGCACCGAUGCCUUAAACGUUGCGGUGCUGUUCCUAAAGCGCUGUUGCAGGUUCGGGUGCAUUCCGAUUCUUGUAAUUCCUAUCCCUGCGACCGGGAAGCAUGGACCGGUGUUAACCCACCCGCUGCAGUGCAGCUGCAGAACAAUUGUCACCCGAGUUGAAGUCAAACCAUUCGGAGGUUCGGAAGACCUAUUUAGCAAGUCCCCCGAGGCAGGAUUUGUUGUUCUGAGCUCACCGCAGCCGGCAGCUUUCCUCCGAGGGAUGAGAGUGGAAUUGGGGUUGUAAAACGGAGGGAGGCUCGGAGUGUUCCAGCACGAGCAAUGCAGACUGAACACAAAGGGAGAUAAAUGAUCUUGACAUGAUUCCCGCAACACCCUGGGAUUGCAGCCAUUGAAGGGUAUGAAAUUUAUCUUUGGUUGCCAUUGUUAAAGGAGUUCGAGAGUACCAACCAAGCAGCAACUCCCCACUUAAAUUGGAUUAGAAAUGAAUGUGCGAGAGAGGGAAAAGACAGGAAGAGGUGGUUCUCAGUCUUUCUACUGCCGCUGCCACAGUCCUCAUUUUCAGGGCUGCUCAAUGAUACCGAGGCUGCCAAUACAGUGUAAUCCUGAAGAAUGAACAGAAACUGCUUACUUUAUUAACACAAUGAAGGGGUAUAAUGGGAGUCGGAGCCAGUUGCAACAUUCUUCUCUGCACACGUGCCACUGUAUGCCCGAGGAUUGUGAUCACUCUCAUGAUUAUUUGCACCAUAGCCAGGAUCCUCGGCAGUCUUACUUGCUCAGCCCUACAGACUCCUGCUCAAUGGACCAUCACUACUGUGUAUCGAGGGGGACCAUGUCCUCCGAAUGUGCCGGCGCACCGGUCAGCCUGAACGAACAGAUGUCCUCCAGCAGCACCUUCCCCAGGAUGCACCACAACCCGCAGUACGAGUCCUGCGAUGACUGCAUGGCGGCCACCCACACUGCCAGCAAGAUCAACCGGCUCCCCGCCAACCUGCUGGACCAAUUCGAGAAGCAGCUUCCCCUCCACCACGAUGGGUUCCACACGCUCCAGUACCAGCGGGCAAGCUCAGCAGAGCAGCGAAGCGAGAGCCCCAGCAGGAUCCGGCACCUGGUCCAUUCCGUGCAGAAGCUCUUCGCCAAGUCUCACUCUCUGGAGGCGCCCUCCAAAGGGAACGUGAACGGGACGAAGGCGGAGGGGAGGGGAGGCAGCGAUGGCUACCAUCACCAUCAGCACCACCGGCACCAUCAGCACCACCACCAGUCGAGGUCAACAAAAAGGAGCAAGAGCAAGGAGCGCAAGUCGGAGUCCAAGCACAGAGCCAAGAUAACUGGCUGGUGGAGCUCUGAUGACAACCUUGACAGUGACAGCAGUUACAUGGUGACUGCUGGCUCCAGUAGGCACUCUAUGGACCAGACAACCCAGUACUGUACAGAACCCAUUGAAAGUGCCUUCAGAGAUUUGACCCUGAAGAGUUUAAAAAGCAGCAGCGAGGGGAAGUGUUUAGCCUGUGCGGCCAUGCCGAUGAUGGCUGACUCACAGCACGCGAAAAGGAGCGCAUGGUCCACCAUGACAGUUAGCCAAGCCAGAGAGGCCUAUCCUAGCUCAAGCCUGAACCAAGACAAGUCAUCAGUACUACAGGAUAUCAAGGCACAAGAAAGAGCUUAUCAUUAUCUUCAGGUGCCUCAGGAUGAAUGGAGUAGUGGGUACCCAGGAGUAAACAAGGACGGGGAAAUCCCUUGUCGGCGAAUGCGCAGUGGCAGCUACAUCAAAGCAAUGGGGGAUGACGAAAGUGGAGACUCGGACGCAAGCCCAAAGAUGUCACCAAAGGGAGCUGCUCAGCACGAGAACUACCUGAAAUCAGUCUCUGCAGGGAGCGGCAGUGAGAAGGGUCGCUCAAAGUUCAGUUGCAAACACUGUUCUGACCCUUACAUAUGCAGUCAUUCCCAUCUGCAAGGACAAACCGCAAUGAACUACAGCCUGGAUAACCUGCACCGGUCUAGUCUUCGUACUCCCUCUAAACUUCCAUCCAGGAGUCAGGGCUACGGUCGGAUACUCAGUGCCAACAAUCAGGUUGAUAAUGCUGAUUUGAACAGGCCCUUCGAAGUGGUGUGUGAGUCGGUCUUCGGUGAAGUGGAAUCACAGGCUGUGGAGGCUCUCGAUCUGCCUGGUUGUUUUCGCAUGCGAAGCCACAGCUACCUUCGUGCCAUUCAAGCUGGCUGCUCACAGGAUGAUGACUGCUUGUCUGUAUUUUCUAUAUCGGCACCCAUGAUGCCUACUACAAGUGUCAGUGCUAUUAAACCUAGUGCAUCAUUUAAUUAUAAGAAAGCUCCUCCAGUUCCUCCGCGAAUGGCUACAAAACCAAUUAUUUCAGUGACAGCCCAGAGCAGUACAGAGUCAACCCAGGAUGCCUACUUUCAGAAUGAGGUGAACCGGCCCACUUCCUGGUCAAAAGACAUUAAAUCCCAGUGCAAUUCGAUGGACAGUCUCGACAGUACCAAAGCACUGAACCUGGCCUUGGAAUCCUUCGCCCCGAGUCGUUCUUCAAUGAAGAGCUCCGAGGGAACUGGAAUGAAUAAAAGCGCCCUGAGUCGCGAUGAGCCAAAGCUACAGCCACGCCAAAGAAAGUGGCGGUCGUCUGUCGGGAUACAGGUGGAUAGUUCAGAGACUAUGACUGAUUCUGACACAGACAGUAAAGGCCUUCGAGAAUUCCAUUCUAUUGGGGUGCAGGUUGAAGAUAACAAACGACAUGCCAGGUUUAAGCGUUCGAACAGUGUGACAACAAGUGUUCAGGCUGAUCUUGAAUUGGAAGGCAUCCCUGGGGUGUGCGUGAGCACAGAGGACAAGGGCUUCCAGUUCAGCCAGCCAUUCGAGCGGCAUUCCUCGGAGCCAGAGCAGUCCAACGAGUACACGUCAUUCAGAACUGUUCACACGCAAGGACAGUGGGCGUACAGGGAUGAUUACCGGAUGCGGUAUGACAGUGCCGACGCCCAGCGCCAGGACCACUGGGGAGAAUCCAGCGUUCACAACCACCCAGAUCCGGGCAGAGUGUCUCCGUGCCACAGAGACGGCGACUGGUUUAUCAAGCUCCUGCAAGCCGAGGUAGAACGACUGGAAGGUUGGUGUCAGCAGAUGGAGAGGGAAGCUGAAGAGAAUGACUUACCUGAGGAGGUGCUUGAAAAGAUCCGCAGUGCAGUGGGCAGCGCCCAGCUUCUUAUGUCACAGAAGUUCCAGCAGUUUUAUCGACUUUGCCAGCAGAAUAUGGACCCGAAUGCUUUCCCUUUGCCAACCUCCCAGGACCUAGCAGGGUUCUGGGACCUCUUACAACUGUCAGUCGAGGAUGUGACAUUGAAAUUUGAUGAGCUUCUGCAGAUAAAGGCCAAUAACUGGAAAUUGGUGGAACCUUCAGAUAGAAAGGAUGAACUGAAGAUGCCCCCUCCUAUACCAAAGAAACCACCGAAGGGAAGGUUAUCCCAGGCACGGGAGAAGUCAUUGGAACUUGCUGACAAGCAGAGGCAAGAAGCAAGGAAACGGCUCAUGGCUGCCAAGAGGGCAGCCUCAUAUCGGCAAAACUCUGCCACGGAGAGUGCGGAUAGCAUCGAGAUCUACAUCCCUGAGGCUCAAACCAGGCUUUGAAAUCACACCCCACCAUUUGGAAGGAGCCUGUCUUUAACUUCAACUUCACUUCUCAUACUCAAGGGAAGAUGAAACCAGACUAUGGGCAUAAUUUGAAUCCGGCUGUCUGGUCUCAGCUCUAGCAAGCAUUAACAUUCCCCUUGUGUUCCUUUAUGUUGUCACGGUGGACCAAUUAUAUUUUCAGUUUUUAAAUGAAGCUGCAGUCUAAUAUAUUUUGUGCACAUGUUCUUUAUAAUGCACCUGAGCAUAAAGAAAAGUUACAAAGUAAGUUUGGGGCAUACCCAGGAAGCAUGAUGUUGUAAACGUCCCACAUUCAUUUUUUUUUAACUUUUGUUUCAAUAGGAAAUUACACUUCACCAGGACAUAACACCCGGUGAAGUUUUGUCACUCACCUUCAGUGUAAUUAACUUUCCAUUCUGGGACUUUGCCAGAGGUGUAUUCUUAAUGUAAUGCAUCUCAUAAAAACAUUUUGACUGUAGCUGAAUUUGUCUUAGGGAUUAGGUUUUUUUUAAAAAAGAGAUGUCAUACUUACACACAAAACUGUGAAAAGUCCAAUAACCAAAAUCCAAAUUUGCAAAUGGAAUGGUUUGGAAAGUGCUGAGUUCAGUUAUUCUACCACUCAGCAACUCUUAGUUGUUCAUCCAAGUAAAGGUUUUCAUUCGAGGACUGGGUGGCACGAUCGAUGGAAAAUUUAUCCUUUUACUUUUGUGACCUGGGUCUGAAUCUAGCUCAAGUGGACUGGAUUCACCUCAGCAACACUGUUUUUUUUUCUAAAUGUGACUUUGGUGGUAGAAGAUACAUGAGCAGGUGACAGAGUUGCCAAAAGCAGACAGUCCUUCUCUGCCGCUCUGUUCAUGGCCCCGAGGGAUAGGCUGAACGUAGUUCUCAGUAAGCAUGAGUCCACAGCACAAAACCUUGCCCAUACCUUGGCGCUCACUGCUGCUGAAUUGGUAGGCUAAGCUAAUGUGGAAAGCAAUAUAAUGCCAGGGCCAAGGGCUAGCGCUUCAGGGGCCCCAUAAACUUGUUGGGACAAUGUAGAGGAAGCUUUGCUGUCCAUCUGCCUGUGGGUAUAUUUGACCUGGGAGAGCUUAUACUGACAGCGGGUGAGAACAAAGAGGGAACAUGUUCCCUCGGCAACACUGUUAGUUCUCACUUGAGCACAAUAUUAUACUGAAAAAUGCAAUUUAAAAAAAAUUACCAUCCCCAAAUUUUCUGGUGAUAUCUGAUUUACCCUAGGCAAUGGCCCUUAAGAAUUAAGACUGGAGAGGUAAUGUUAAGAGCUGUAAUAUAUAAAGGGGAAAGGAUGCACCAAAAGCUGUAAUGGAAGCAAUGGAACAUGUUAGAAACAGGGAGAAUGGAUUGAAUUUUACAGUCAAUGUGUCCAGGCUGCUGCUGUGACAAUUUAUUCAUGGGGACAAAUAUUAGGCCCGUUUGCACAUGGAAGAAAUGGGAAAUGGUUGUAUUUGCAUGUUAAGGUAAUUCUGAUAUGCUGGGAUGCAUUGAUUGAGAAAAGUCUGUAUAUGCAGUUGGCCGCAUAAUGGCCAAAAUCAUUUGGGCUAAAUUUCAAAGGAAUGAAUGCACAUCGUUUUGAAAUUUCACACUACCAAGUGGCAUAUGAUAUUAAACAGCAUGGUUAGCAGGGUCCCUAAUGCAAUGUAAACACAAUUCCUGUGAAGGGAAUCAUGGGAGGAGCAGCCAGCAGAAGGAUCAUAGAGGUCCUAAUUGCCAAGACUGCUGCAGUUUUGAAUAGGUGAUAUUCUGCCUGGUGAUAAUGACUGGGCAACUAUUCUUACUGAUAAAACCGAUUUAUAUUAAAAUCUUUCAGAGAACAGUGCAGUCCUUGUCUGUAUUGGAAACCUUCGGCUAAUUCUUCUCUGACUUUUAUAUCUGUACAUCUGAAGCUGACAAGCGACUUGAGGCGAGUAGUGUUGACAACUGCCUUCUAUAUAUAAAAAGUUUUCUGCUGGUAGAGAAUCAUCAGUGGUUCUUCACGUACAUUCACUGUAUAGGUAGCUCUGAAGGACCUUCCUGCAGAUUUUGUACAAUAUAAUAGGGUACAACCAAUGUACCUGCAUAUGUUAUAAACUAGUUCUGAUCAACACUGCUUAAUAAAAGAUUUAUAAACAGAAUGCACUGGAAAUACUCAGUGGGGCAAGUAGUACUUGUGGUGAGCAAACCAGAGUUUUAGGGGUAGAAAUUUGACCCUACUGAAUGGGCUAAAUGUGUAAUAUAUCACCUUUAACUCUGCCUCUGAAAUUAGAUUCAUGAAGUCAUAGUGUCAUACAGCACGGA